AUGGCUGAGAAGUUUGAGAUGAGCAUGAUGGGUGAACUAACUUUCUUUUUAGGUCUGCAAAUUAAAGAACUAACUGAUGGAUUUUUUGUUUAUCAAGCUAAAUACAUUGCAAAUAUGCUAAAGAAGUUCAAAUUCACUAAUUGCAAGCCGGACAAGACUGCAAUGUCCUCAUUAGCGCCUAUUAGCACUGAUCCAAAUGCUGCUAAUAUAAAUGCAACUCUCUAUCGAGGAAUGAUUGGCUCUCUGCUCUAUCUUACUGCUAGUCUCCCUGAUAUUAUGUUUCAUAGACUAAAUCUUGGGUUAUGGUAUCCUCGUGAUUCUGAGUUCAAGCUGAUAGGAUACACUGACUUCGAUCAUAGUGAAUGUGGCAUUGAUUACAAAUGUACUUUAGAAGGAGCUCAAAUGAUUAGAGAUAAACUGGUAAGUUGGUCUAGCAAGAAGCAAUCAUCAUUGUCUUGUUCUACCACUGAAGCUGAAUACGUAGCUGAUGGAAGGUGUUGUGCUAAGAUUUUAUGGAUUCAGAAUCAGCUCUUAGAUUAUGGCCUAAACUUCUAA